GGAGUAAUUGCUGUUAGAAGCGGCUGCGGAGUAUCCCAGCAGAAGAUGCUACCCGGUUCGCUUCUUCAAUCUGUCUCAGAGUCAAAUCCUAAGACCACGUCUGUUCAACAUUGUUAUGUCAAUCAUGCCAACUUGGAAAGGUGGCAGCCCCUUGCACAAAACCGGCUGUGACCAGAUGGCAAAACUCAGACACACAGCCCCAGCUGCUACUUUCGGCCCAUGAUGUUAUCACUGAUGUUCCCCAGCUACCAGGCCUUGGUGGUAAACAAAGGAAAUCACAAAGGCAACAGUACUUACCAUUUAUAAACUGUGAGUUUCAAAUAAACAAAAAGAAGUGAGAAAUUGAUAACUUCAUGCACAGUCUUGAUAUUAAUUGAAUCUGUAUAUUCACAUUUAACUAAAUUGUGUAUUCAAGUCUGUUUUUAAGAUGUAGCCAAUUAGUUCUAUCAACAAACAGCUUGAUGUUCAGAAAUGUUAUUCCUGAAGCCAUGUGAUAGAUUAUCAUAAAACAAAAGAUGCAAAAAGUAAGGAGAAAUUCAAUCAUUCUGAAGCUUAUUUAGACAGACCUUCAUCAGACUGGAUAGAACUGCAUUCUCUGUGACCUGGGUUAAGGUGAAGGUUGAUACAGGUCAGAACUACAGUAGGAGGCUGAUUAUUAUUGACCAGAGUCCUCCUGAGAGAGGCCCAGCUGUGAUGAAAGAUAAAGUGUCAAGUGCUCCUUUAAAAGCUGGAAAGAGGUGGAAAGAACUCAUCUGGGCACACGUUCAACAAGACACAGUUUCUCGAGCCUGAACUUCAGCCCUUGACUGCCCUGAGAAUGGCAUCUUCCUGCCUCUUGCUGCACCUGGGCCUCCUGGUCCUGUCUCUGCUGUGUGCUGCAAAUGCUGAUGUCUACGUGUGGGGCAUCCGUGGCUACGGCAUGACAGGCGAUCCCUUCGGUAAUAAACCUGAUCCCUACAUCAAAGCAUACUGUGGCAGUACUUUCGGUGGCAUGACCGAGUUCAUAAAAGACAAUGCUAACCCAUACUGGAGUGCGGACUUCAGCUUCCGCGAUGGGAAAGCUGGAGACACUCUGAAACUGGAAGUGUGGGAUAAGGACUUGAAUUUUGAUGAUCAUCUGGGAAACUGCUAUUCGACUGUAAGUGCUGGCAGCCACAAGGUGACUUGUAACUUUGGUAAAGGCACUUUAGAAUACCACUACGAGGUGUGAUUAUGCUAUCUUCACACUUUUUCUUUUUUGUUUGGAGAAGCUGUGGCUUACUAUGGAAGUUGUGCAUGGCUGGUUUAAUUUCAAAAUACUGGACGCUUUUGUCAUUAGAAAAUACCACUAUAAAAUAAAACAGUGUUUUCUUC